AUGAGGCAGGUGCCAGCUGUGGCCCUGCUCCUGCUGCUGCUGCAGUCCGGGACUCAGGGGGGUGAGGCACUAAACGCCUGCGGGCGCCCGCGAAUGCUGAACCGGAUGGUGGGUGGGCAGAACGCCUUGGAGGGCGAGUGGCCCUGGCAGGUCAGCAUUCAGCGAAACGGAAGCCACUUCUGCGGGGGCAGCCUCAUCACGGACCGGUGGGUCCUCACCGCCGCGCACUGCUUCUCCAACACCUCUGAAACACCCCUGUACCAGGUCCUGCUGGGGGUGUUGCAACUGGCGAGGCCAGGGCCACACGCUGUGUAUGCCCGGGUGAAGCGGGUCGAGAGCAACCCCCAGUACCAAGGCAUGGCCUCGAGCGCUGACGUGGCCCUGGUGGAGCUGGAGGCACCUGUGACCUUCACCAACUACAUCCUCCCCGUGUGUGUGCCUGACCCCUCGGUCGUCUUUGAGACGGGCAUGAACUGCUGGGUCACCGGCUGGGGCAGCCCCAGUGAACAAGACAGCCUGCCCAAACCCUGGACCCUGCAAAAGCUCGCCGUGCCCAUCAUCAGCACACCCAAGUGCAACCUGCUCUACAGCAAGGAUGCAGAGUCCGGCUUCCAGCCCAGAACCAUCAAAGACGACAUGCUGUGUGCGGGCUUCGCUGAGGGCAAGAAGGACGCCUGCAAGGGAGAUUCCGGGGGCCCCCUGGUGUGCCUCGUGGGCCAGGUGUGGCUGCAGGCCGGGGUGAUCAGCUGGGGCGAGGGCUGCGCCCGCCGGAACCGCCCAGGUGUCUACAUCCGGCUCACCUCCCACCAUGACUGGAUCCACCGGAUCAUCCCAGAGCUGCAAUUCCAGCGGGCAGGGCUGGGCGGUGCCCAGAAGCGGGACCCCCGGAACCUGCAGCCCCUUAGUCGUAACUCCGCACGCUGCCUGGCCGCCCGAGCCGUCCUCCUGGUCCUUGCAGCCCUGCUCGCCUUGCUCUGA